AUCAGCGAGCUGGAUGCCAGCGCCAGAGACGCCGCAGCUGGCGGACACGCCGUCGUACAAUCCAGCGGACUCGGGCUCGCAGCUGCCGCUCGGGCUCUCGCAGCAGACUUCGGACGAGCAGGAGACGCCAGUGCUGCCAUCCUUCAAGCGGUCGCUGACAGAGGAUGUGCAGUUGGAGACCAAGAAGUCCAAGAGGUGGCAGAGUAAUCGCCUCGUGAGCCCGCCAUGCGCGGAGGAGCGCGUGCCAGCGCCUCCGCGCUCGCAGCGGCCGCUCACGGCGCCGCCGCAGCAGGCGGACCAGCGCCUGCAGCAGCCAAUCGAGAGCAGCCGCAUCAACAAGCAGCAGGCGAUGACAGCGCCGAGCAUCGACCAGAUGGCGCGGGCACCUCUCGAUGGCAACUGCGGCAUCAGCAAGGAGCAGCUGGUGGAGAAGCUCAAGCAGAAGUUCGACGAGCUGGUCGCAUCCGACACAGGUGCGGACUUGGACGAGAUGGGCAAGACCUUCCAGGACUGCUACAAGGGUUCCUUGAUCGUGCAGCUGCGCGCGAUGCGCCCUGAGACCGCGGAGAAGCCUCUGCAGGAUGACGACUUCGGCGCCGACCCGAAGGAGUCGGCUCUUGACAGGGAGGAGCGCCUCAUGUGGGAGUCCUUGGAGGAGAAGGCGUUCAAGUUCAGCACGGAGAAGAAGAAGGGCAACGCGAUCGCGGGCAGAUGGGCCAGAGUGAUGGAGACAUCGAACGAAUGGUCUGAGAAGUACCUGGCGGCGGAGGGCUACCCAGCCAAGAAGGCGGUCCGCGAGGAGUGGGCGAAGUGGUCGUUCCACAGGUGGCAGAAGAAGCGGGAGUUCAGCAAGACGCAGGCGAACAUCAAGAAGCAGACGAUGAAGGGCGUCUACAUGCCGCUGGCCAGGCUGGCGUGGAAGUUUGGCGGAGGGUCCACUGGUGCCAAGCUGGCAUACACAUAUGCUGGGAAGGCAGUGCUAAUGGGGGGCAUCUUCACGAAGUGGUGCAACAUGACGGACUGCCUUUUCUACCUCUACGUGGAGCACUCGUUGGAGGACACGUGGCAGCAGAGCUGGACCAGCCACGAGGUCUGGAUGGAGUCGGGCUGCGUCGGCGGCCAGCCACCUCCUGGCGCCGAUGGCGUGGCCAGCGCGCCAUGCACUCCGCUGCCGCGCCCUGGUGCCGAGGCGUCCAGCGAGGAGAAGCAGGCAGCCGCAGCAGCGACGGGCGGCCCUGGGAACGAGGCCACCAGCGGCAAAGGAGGCGACGGCGAGGGCAACGGCAACAAGAAGAAGCUCGCCGUGAAGGCGCCCGAGUGGAUGAAGGUCUUCCGCAAGCUGCGCACAAUGUUCGCGCAGUACACAUCCCAGGUGUCCACAUUGGAGGCGCUGAUCAAAGCGGACGCAGCUGAGGGCACGAACGAGUGGAAGUUCGCAGCAGGGAAGGAGACCAGGGGCGAGCUGGACAAUGCUAUCAAGCAGAGCAGUAUCGGCUAA